AUGGACGCAACCUCCUCCGAAUUGAUCCACUUCGUUGUCGUUCCGGUCGAAACUGUAAUGGCUUGCAUCUAUGUACUGGUCAACGUCGUCUCAUCCCUUCCUGCCGAUAUACUGGAUAUCCAUCAGGACCAUCAGGACGCUCAGCGCCUUCGAAUGCUCAUUGCCAAUGGUAGAAGCUUGAUCUACGACAUCGCAUCAUGGCCUCUUGUUGUACAAGAGAAUUCUCUCAAGCACCGCACAAUCAGCGAAUUACAUGAAGUCGCGUCGGUCUGGCUAGAGCGUUCUCUAUUCAAACAGAAUUUUGAUGAACUCAGAGAGUAUUUAGAGUUGCUACAUGGCUUCUCCUCCAACGGCAUAGAGGUGAAGGAAGAUGGGACUAUGGAGAAUGCUUGGACCGUCCUCCUCAAGCAGGAUGAGACAAGGGACUGGGGAAACAUGCUACAAUAUCACCGGUUCUUGACUCUAUUCACGUCGAUGCGAGAACAGGCCCCAAAAAGGAUGUUUGCGAAGGGUUUUAGUGGAGAGUAUCAGGAACGUACCUUAGGUAUAGAGAAUAGAGAUAUGUUGCUACAGGCUGAGAGCCUAAGCGCUGUCGAUGAGUCAUCCACCGUCAUCAUGAAUACUUCGUCGGCUUCUCGUAGUGUCUCCCUGGCCCUCACUGAGCACCCGGACAACAUCGCCAGCGAUAUUACUGAGCAACAGGCUGUCCUUCCACCAACCCUCAAGUACAUCGCCAUCAUUGAGACCAAUACCGACAAGGCCUUCUUCAAUUUCGAUCCCUCAGACAUUAACGAGAAGAAGCGGGAGAUCCUUAACAGUGCGAAGGAAAUGUGUACUCGGAUGGUAUCUAAAGGCUACGGAGGCAAAGUCAAGCUGCAAGACAUCAUGGACAUCGCUGUCGACAUGGCAAAGUAG